AUGAAGAUCUCAUCCUUCUUGUCAUUGUCGCUGCCACUGGCGCUGCAGUUAUCUGCAGGUGUGGAAGCCGGUAGGCGCCCACACCGUCCCCAGAACUAUGUUCCACAAGUGAAUCUUCGCAAUGGGACAGUUUCUGGCAAAUACAGCCCAGAAUACGCUCAGGACUUCUUCCUUGGUAUCCCCUAUGCCCAGCCUCCGGUCGGCAAUCUUAGGUUCCGACCUCCUCAAUUCCUCAACACUAGAAGGAACAUCAAUGCAUCGGAAUAUGGGAAUUGGUGUUAUGGAACUGGCAGGGAAAAUCGAGACAAGCCCAUGUCAGAAGAUUGCUUAACUCUUAACGUCGUUCGCCCCGUAAACGUUAACCAAUUUGCGAAACUUCCUGUUGCCGUUUGGAUCCAUGGCGGCGGGUGGUCAGGUGGAAGCGGGGCCCGCGACACAUAUAACAUGAAUAACAUUGUUCAGCAGUCUGUACAAAUGGGAACCCCAAUAAUUGCUAUUACUAUCAAUUAUAGACUAGGCGUUUGGGGAUUUCUUGGAGGUCGAGAGAUUGCGGGUACCCGAAACGCAAACAAUGGGCUGAAGGACCAACGCUUGGCUUUGCACUGGAUCCAAGAAAACAUUCGAGCUUUUGGUGGUGAUCCAUUCAAGGUUACCAUAUUCGGCGAGUCUGCCGGCGGCGCCUCGGUGAACUGGCACCAACUCGCCUGGGGCGGACGAAAUGACGGCCUCUUCCAACGUGCAGUCUUGCAGAGUGGGACCGGCAUGAUGACGCCUAUCACGUGGCCCCAUACUUUCCAGUCCACUUUUGAAUCCCUUGCUACCUAUACUGCAUGCACCGACGAAACCGACAGGCUGCAAUGUAUGCGAAAUGCCCCUGAAAGUGCUAUCUGGGCUUGGGCACAAGCAACCCCUCAUUAUGUUAGCCCAAUGCUUGACGGUGAUAUGAUCCCUGAAUUCGCGAGCAAGCUUAUCAAGGAUGGAAAAUUCGUCAGAGUGCCAACGAUUGUCGGUCACAAUAGUGAUGAUGGUACUUCGUUCACUCCCAUUGGUUCUAGGGCCGUUAACGAUGAGACACAACUUGUAUCCGUCAUGAAAACACUUUUCGAAAUCAACGAUAACCUAGCCAAUGAGAUUGUUACCCACUACCACAGCGGAAUUUCAAUCCCACCUGAGGAACAUUAUGCUGGUCUUCCCCUUCCUUCUAACAUAGGAAGCUUAUUUUUUAGAACUUCUGCCAUCAUGACCGAUCACACGUUCACCGCGCCAAGACGUAUGUUCGCACAAGAACUCACCUCGCGAAAUGUCCCCGUUUGGUCCUAUAGGUUCAAAUGCGUAUCGAACGGAUAUCCUGCCCACCUCGGUGCGACUCAUUUCACGGAAAUUGUUUACGUUCUCCAUAAUACGGACCUUUGGGAUCCCUUCAGCUCCUCUUAUCCGAUGAAUGGUCCCGAUAGAGCCGAUUAUGUCGCUCUUUCGAAAAUGAUGGCUAGAACGUGGAUUAAAUUCUUUGUUAAUGGAAAUCCAAAUGGCGCUGCUGGAUUGCCUCACUGGCCACAGUACGGCAGCGGAGCCAAUGAGAUGGUCUUUGAUAAAGGUGCCGGGAAUACUGUCGUGGGCCAGGAUAAUUACCGGGCACCAGGAAUCCAAUGGUUCAUUGAUAAAAGCCCCCGUCUUAAUAGGUAG